UACAUGCAGACAGACAUCAAGGUGGAAAGGCAAAACAGAAACGCCUACACUCACCUCUAAAAGAGAGGCUAUACCCAUGUCCCAUGUGUACCCUGGUCUGCAGCGACUGCUUCGUUCUGCAGGAACACGUGGAGCUGCAUUUGCAGGAGCAAGCUGUCGCCGAAGGUGCUGUUUCUGAGCCAAACGCUUCAACAGGAGUUCAUUCGUCUGCCAGUGGCACUGCAGGUGUUAAAGGCUAUGAGUGCCCACUCUGUUCUCUAGACUGCACUGACAGCAGCGCACUGCAAGAACAUGUGGAGUUACACCUGGACUAUGGCGCGGCUACAGCCACAGAGAGUUCUUCCACGGAUCAGGCACUGGCCAGGCAGCUUCAGGAGGAGGAGGAGCAGAGGCGGAGAGAGCAAGAAGCCAAACAGGAGGCAGAGGAGUUUAAAAAGCUACAGAAGCAGUUUGGACUGGACGGAGGUGGAGGCUAUCGCAGACAAAUGGAGCGGAGUAUGGAGAGGGCGGUGUCUCGCGGUCACAUGGCCCCUGCGGAGUUUCACAGGAAAAGGGCAGAGAUGAUGGAAUCUCUGGCCUCUGGGGUGGACGACGGGAAGACCAAAACAUCAGGUUUGACCCAAGCUCUCUAUGAGUAUUACCAGAGGGAGGGUCGGGACGUCGCCCAUGUCUGGCUUUGCUCCGAAACUGACCACUACUCCUCAUCAGAGGGGGACUCAGGCUGGGGAUGCGGCUACAGAAACUUCCAGAUGCUCCUGUCUUGCCUUCAGAGAACGCAGCCAUACCAAAGCACAUUGUCUGUCGGGGAGGUUCCCAGUAUUCCAAGGAUACAAGGCAUGAUCGAGGAGGCCUGGAAAGAGGGUGCAGAUCCACAGGGGGCUUCACAUUUUAAUCAUCAGCUGCAGGGUUCGCGCGCCUGGAUAGGAGCCACCGAAAUCUACUCUGUCCUCACCUCCCUCAGAGUGAAGGCACGUAUUGUGGAUUUCCACAGGCCUACUGGUCCUGGAGACACCCACCCCAGGCUGUUUGACUGGGUCAAACAGUACUACUCCCUGUCUGCCACAGGGGGCGCCCGACUACCUCCUCGGGUGGUGCAGACUUCUCAGCCACCAGUCUACCUACAGCACCAAGGCCAUAGCCGUUCCAUUGUGGGAGUGGAGCAGAGGAGGAACGGCAGCGUGGCCUUGCUCAUUUUUGACCCUGGCUGUCGCCCUGGAGACAUGAGAAAGCUGCUAUCCAGGGACACGGCCGCAGGAUUGGUACGCCGCACGCGGAAGUUUCCCAGUAACCUCAAACACAAGCAGUACCAGGUAGUCUCUGUGGAAGGGGUCCUGACCCCUGAGGAGAAGCAGAGCCGCAUUCUCAACUCAAGGACAUUGUGUUCAGAGAAGAUUCCCUGA